AUGAACGCCGCUUCAAAUAAUACGACAUUUCUUUUCACCUCUGAAUCCGUGGGAGAAGGACAUCCCGGUAAGUUUAUGCUUAGGUACUAUUUAAGUCAUAUUAAAUUUUUGAGCAUGUUAGUGGUUUUUCGUCGAAGAAAAUAUGGAACUCAGUUUCACCUAUAUACAAUAUUCAAGACGUUCGAGUUUAUACAAAUGCUCUUGUCUUAGUUAGCUCUUUAAGCCUGGUUCACACUGGCAAUUUCGUCGGCGAUUUUGUGUUUCUGACGGAUGCAAAUGAGUGACUCGCACACAAAAGUAUAGUCUCUUUUCAGAAGUAAACAAGUUGCUAUUCAGUUUUUUGCAUGUCAUUCGUUCGAUCACAUUUGCCAGGAGGUCGAGAAAAAUCGCCGACCGGGAACUGCUAGUGUGAAACAGGCUUAAAUUAUUAUAUAAUAUAAUUAGUUCGAAAUUUCUAAAUCGUAAAUGUAGUUUAGAGCGACCUAAUGUACUUCUCUGUCCAAUUUUUAGAUAAGAUUUGUGACCAAGUUUCAGAUGCUGUCUUAGAUGCACAUUUAGCUCAAGAUCCUAACGCCAAAGUCGCUUGCGGUAUGUUUUUAGUAUGUUGUAAAAUAUCGAAAGUAGCAGCUUUCCCUACUUUUGGUUUUAGAUGUCGAUCAACACUCGGUUGGGAUAAAAGGCGGAUGCGGAUACGGAACGGAACGGAUAAUACUAAGAACCCGGAGAGCAUAUAUGGGGAUAAAACGCGGAUUUUGUAAUAAAACGCGAAUAUGCUCAUAUGCAUGCAUAGCGAUAAAACUAGAUUUUGUGCCCAAUAUGUUUCUUAGUCCUCACCACCCAAAAAAAUUAACAACUGUUCUGUCGCCACUGGGUGAAAACCUAGAAACUUGAAAUUUUGAAGAUACAUUAAAGUUUCAGAUUUAAUCUUCUACAUACAAUUAUCUAUUUUAUAGGUGCAAUACUCAUGUGUUGUUUACUGAAUUAUAUUUCAUUAAAUUUCCCUGCCAGUACUAGUAACUGCACAUAAUUUUAAUAAAAUACCUUACAGCAAUUCAAGCGUGUUAUUUCUUUUAUAAUAAAAUCCCGUAUUACCAGGUAUAUUGAACUUCGAGACAAAUAGCCUUCGCUUUAAACCUGAAGUGCCCUUGAAAUAUUUCAGGUAGUUCAGACACAAAUCACUGUAGCUUGCUGUAGAAUACUACUUAAACUAUAGGGCCCUACAUUGGAGAUGUCUUUAUCAGGUAGUCCAGACAUAAACCACGACAAGUUACUGUAUAGAAUACUUCCUACAUAGAACAACCUACACACGCUUUUCAAGGCACUUUUAAGAGAGCUAAACUGCCCAUGAGCGGAUGAGCCCAUAAAGUUUACUCGCCAAUUGAUGAUUUCCGUGAAUUUUUAACUAGAGUCUGCGUCAAAAACUGGCAUGAUUAUGGUGUUUGGUGAAAUCACGUCCAAAGCCGUAGUGGACUACCAGAAAGUUGUUCGUGGUACCAUCAAGCGCAUUGGCUAUGACGAUAGCAACAAAGGUAUCGUGGAUUAAUCCAACACUUACCCAAAUGGGCUGUGGAUAAACAAAGUAAAAUUGCAAUGUAGGAUUAUUAGGGUACAUUGCAACUUAUUGGGUUUUGACAACAAAAAGCCCCCGUCCCUCAUUAAUGACUAGCAGUUUCCCCUUGACAAGUGAAAUUGGCUGGGGAUAGACAGAGUAAAAUAAAAAUAAACUGUACACAGGGCACAUUGCACCUUAAUGGUUAACAAGAAACACGGGUAGAAGGUAAUCCUGGAUAAUGCGUUCACAUAAAGAGACAUUAUUGUGUACGCUCAAAUAUAUACAGAAAUAUUAGCAGGAUAGUCUCUGGUUAACCAUUAACGCCCAACACUUUCCCCUUUAUAAGUUAAGUUGUCUGGUGUUGGGCAGAUUAAAAGAGCAACAAAGGGUUGAAUUCUUGUAGCUUAUGGAGUAAUCAAUAUUGCACAAGUGUCUUUCUUUAAUUAAUAAGUGAAAACAUCUAGCAUUUACGUUAUGUGGCCAGCGAUUAUAAUCUACGAAUUGAUUUUUAGGAUUUGAUUACAAAACAUGCAAUGUGUUAGUUGCGGUUGAACAACAAAGUCUCGACAUUGCUGCAGGAGUUCACAAAGGACGGAAGGAUGAGGAAAUUGGAGCGGGUGAUCAAGGUCUGAUGUUCGGUUAUGCAACCGAUGAGACAGAUGAGUUAAUGCCCCUCACCGUCAUACUGUCACACAAGCUGAAUGAAAAGAUGGCUGAUAGUCGUCGUGAUGGAUCAAUCCCGUGGCUGAGACCUGACACGAAAACCCAAGUGACUGUAGAGUAUAAGCAAGAAGGAGGUGUGCUUGUACCACAGUGA